AUGGAGCGUUUUGUGCCCCUCUGCCGUCUAGCUGUGGUAUUAGCCAUGGCUAUGGUCAUGGCUGCACCGGCCUACGCUCAGAUCACUACACCAUGUAACGUAUCAAUGGUGAGCAGUUUCAUGACUCCUUGUAUGAGUUUUCUGACAAAUAGCAGUGCCAAUGGCACCUCACCCACCGCCGAGUGCUGCAAUUCGGUCAAGUCCCUCACAAGUGGCAGCAUGGACUGUUUGUGUCUCAUUGUUACUGGCAGCAUUCCCUUCAGAAUACCAAUCAACCGAACCUUGGCCAUAUCUCUUCCUCGUGCUUGCAAAUUGUCUGGUGUUCCAGUUCAAUGCAAAAGUUCACCACUUCCUUCUCCAGGACCAGCAUCUUUUGGGCCAUCUCUUUCCCCAUCUGCUCCAUCUCUCAGUCCUGAAGCUUCUUCUGUACUCCCCUCACCAACACCUUCUCUGGCACCACAGUCUGACAUAACCCCUCCUCUUUUGACUCCAUCAGUGGAUCCAUCUGCAACCACCGGAAGUGGCCGCUCUGAUCUGAAUCCAUCAUCUGCCAUGUCAUCUCACAGUCUCCUACCUUCUGUUGUAUUGGUUACAUUAGGAUUUGCUGUCCUUAAACACUAUUAG